AUGUGGCAUAAGAUCUCUAAGUGGUAUAAAGAGUUCUUCCUUUUCCCGCUACCUAAAAUAGUGCGAGAGUGCGUUAUCUUGCUGUCGACAACAAUCAUGUCGACGUCGUCGACGACAAAGAAAUUGUCGAAUGACAUUCCCCAUCAGGAAUAUUUCUGUUUCCUGUUGAAGGAGGGCUUCAGCCUUUGGGACUACGAAGCUAUUGUCAACUUUCCGCGUUUGCCCAACUAUGACUUGCAGGCUAUGCGGAUGCAUCUGUGGAAGCAGUUUGGAGUGCCGAAGAACAGACGCAUCUUCUACAUCGACGAUGACGGGGACAGAGUGCCAAUCGAUUCGGAAUGCGAGUUUGACGAGGCAUUGAAGCUCGCAAAAAAGGCCUUUAAGGUAAACACAGCAAUUCCAUUGAUUGUGGGUUCUUUUAACAUGUCCACAUUGUACUGCAAUAAGCAAAGUUCUAAAAUGAACAAGACCCGUCCGAAUAAAGAGUCGAAAAAUACCAAUGACGAUUCUAUCUCGUCCUUUUUUGAGAAAAGUGAUGGUUCUGUGUUGGAAUCGAAUUCUGAAUUUGACAAACGGAAGCGUUCAAUCGUGAAAGUACUAAUAUUGAAUCGAAAAAAAUCAGAUGCAAAACGAUGUGACGAAUCGAAUAGCGAUGUGAGGAGCAAGGAACAAACCAAAUUAGAGGGCAUAAAAAUAGAGGGCAUAAAAAUUCCAAAAGAGUCGAAUGCUUUAUUACAGUGUUCAGAUACGAUGCCUCCUCCGUGGUUCAUCGAAUACAUGGAAGCGAUGAAGAAGGACAUGGUGUCUACGAUCACAAAAGAAGUAGUGAAAAAAGUGACGGUGGAGCUAAACAAACGCUUAAAUUCCUUUGCGAAUCCUCCAUUAAAGGAAGAACUGGGUCAAUCUCGAAGUCAAUCAUAUUCUUUUCUCUCGAAACGACAUCCUAAAUGCUCCUUCGAUUCGAAUGAGAAGAAUCAAAAGAGGAUGAGCUCUCAGGACGAGGAGCAGUCGAGCGACGCCUCGAUUGAACGUGUGGACGAGCCGCAGAAUGUGAACACCACGGAAGAUUUGCAAACAAAGAAAGAUAUGAUAUCUACAAUUAGUCAAGAAGUGGUGAAAGAGAUGACGGAGAUGUUGAACAAAACAUCUCUUAAGUCUGUCUCUUCAAAAAAACACGGUCAAUCUCAAAACCAUUCGCAUCUUUCUUCCUUGAAACGAUUUUCUCGAUAUUUUGAUCCACAUUCAAGUGAGAAGAAUCAGAGAAAGAAGAAGUCUCAAGACGGAGAGCAGUCAAGCGAUGACGCUUCGAUGGAACAUAUGUACGAGUCGCGAAACGCAGAUAUUUCGCGACAGAAAAAGCUUGAUCGUCUUAUUGAAGAUACUAUUUGUGCAACCUUGAAGGAGGAAAAAAGGAAGAGGAAAUAUCAUCAACGGAUGUCAGAAACUACUGAUAACAUAAACAGUGACGUCGGCAAAGAGCAAUCUCGAAGUAAUAUGCGAGAAGAUUUUGUUCCUCAGAAGAACUUGCCUCUACAUGUGGAUCCAAAAUCAUACGAUGAAACUAAGGGAGUGUUCGAGAACGAGCUUCGUAUGAGUUGCUCCGUUACCGGGCACCAAAUAUUGGACGAAGGUCGUCGUAGAGAUACCUGGUGUUCUGAUAUCGAUAAAACCAGCUUUUGUUCAUGCAAUCAAGAAGAGGAAGACGACGAUGCCUUUGAGUUUAUUCAGAUGCCUACUUUGGGAAGUAGGGAUGAAUCGCUUACGCAUUCUGAGGAGCUCACUGGCGAGCAACGACGACACGACAGCAAUCGGGAUUCACCCAGUUUCGAACUCUUGUCAGAGUCGCCCUCGCCUACACCUACAUGCUUCAUGCACUUCAACGAAGAACAUUUCUCGGCGAACGAGGGAAAUCCGAACGAGUAUGAAUCUUUUAGCUUUCUUAACUCACGGUACAGCUCCAUUUUUGUGAUAGAUAUUCACGGUAGAAUCUACAACGAUUAUGAAUUAGCAAAGCUCAAUUGGCAAAGCGUUAACGCUGAUUUGAAAAAACGAAUUGAUAAAAAACGUAAUUUGUACAUAACAGACCAACUUCAGAAUACUCACUGUUCGAAUCCAAUCCUAGAGCAAUCAAACGAAUGGAAGAAGAAUCCUCGAGAUGACAUUGGGUGCAACUCUCGCGACAACGUGAGCAACUCGUACGACGACGUGAGAAACUCGCAUACGAGUUAUCUGACCGUGCAAACUCACUGCGACUCAAAGUCGCAAUCACAAUGUAGUUGCCAGUCGCAGACCGAUUUGAACGACUUCACACAAAGCUUCCACUCUCACACCACAUCGGUUACUGACACGACCGACAUUUACACUGAGGCUUAUGGCAACGAUAAAUACGACGAGCAAGUGAUAACGACUAAGAACGUACGAGAAGCGGGAACAGGAACAGCGGCAGCAACAUCAACAGCAACAGCAACGGCGACAACGACAGCGACAGCGACAGCGACUCCGAAAAACGAUCACGAUGUGCGUUUUGGGGAUGACUAUAUAAAGGAUGAAAUGACAAAUGAAAGAUAUUUCCCUGAUGCGGAUGACUGUCCAGAGGAUUUCUGCACCUCGCAUAAUAAUACCCCGCAGAAAACUUCGGUUGAUCCUCCGUACCAAUCCACUCAAUCGACUAGAUCUUCCGAUACAGCGAGUUCUAAUGUAGGAUCAAAGAAGACAUUCAUUGGCGAGACGCUGGAUAUUCAUUGGCGAGACCCCGAUCCUGCCCACAUCUUACCAGAACUAGUCACCGCGGCCGCCCAUGUCAGUUCGUUGGCUUAUGACACUGCACGCGAAGUAUUUGACAAGAUACGAGCACACACGAGGGAGGAUUCUGUUAAACGUCAAGCCAAUAAAUACGUAAAGCGCGACGAUCGAGUAUUACAUCCGAAGCGCAGAAACUUUCAAACCUUCACACACCCUAAUUAAUAUUAAUAAAUUACUAACUUAUAAUACUAAUCACUUUUUUGUUUAUACUAUACACUGAUAUACUAUACACUACAGGAUUGCUAAGUAGAUCUAUUAGGCGAUAAAUAAGUAUGCGGAUCGGAUUUGCAGGCUCGAAAUAGUAUUGUAUUUUGAUGCAAUCGAAAUGUAUACGAUGUCUUUCAUAAUAUUGAAGUUUCUUAGAUUACGCAAUGAAUAAAGUUAAGUUUCUUGAUUACGCCGAUUAAUGUUAAUUGACUUAUUGAGAAAUACUAGGAAUGCAUAGAAUAUCCAAUUGUUAACAGAAAGAAUUUUGAUGACACUGAACCAGUAGAAUGAGAAAUUUGGAAAAAAAUGAUAAAGAAUACUUUGUUUAUACGAGCGAUUCUCUUAAUUGCGAUAAAGUAAAAAAAUAUCUCGGUGACAAAUCAAGAUAUUCAAUCGAAUAUUACGUGUCUAUUUAUCGAAUGAAAUUAAGAAUCACUUUGUAUGUAAUAAUAUAUUAGUGAUAAAAUAAUAUUCAUAGUGAUAAAAUGUUCUCUAUGUCAUAGAAUGUUAGAAUUGAGUAGCUGUAUAAAAUUAAGGAACUGAAUACAUAUAUAAUAAAAACGAAUAGACGAAAUUGGGAAGGAAAGAGUGAGAUAAUGUGAAAUAGUUUUAGGUCGUCUGGAAGACAUAAUAGAUUGUUUGAAAAGAAAAUGUAAAAUUCUUUAUUAUAGUCUAUCCGCGCAAAUAAUAUGAGGGCUAGAAACAAAUUGUUUAUGUACGAGGAUAAAUCAAAUAUAAAUGAGAAUUUUUAUGUAUUAUUUAUUGAACAAAAAUAAAAAUAUAAAAAAAAAACAUUAUUUUUCUACGUAGUCACCUGCUGCAUCAAUACAUUUUUGCCAGCGGAUAAAGAGUUUGGUAAUUCCGUUUUCAUAAAAAGUAGUAGGUUGUGUAUUGCGAAUUUUUCUACACAUCCUCGUGGCAUCGUCCAUGAAUCGUAUUGUCCUUCUAUUCUUCUUUUAGCAAAGCUGUCUCAAUGAGAUUAUCAUUUAUUCGAGCCAAUAAAAGAAUUGGAAGGAUUCGAGAACGAUAUCAGUAUAGAGGAAUUCGUGCGCAAUUGAUUGCAGACAACCUACUACUUUUUAUGAAAAUGGGAUCGCCAAACUCCCUAUCCGCUGGCAAAAAUGUAUUAAUGUAGUAGGGAACUAUGUGGAAAAU